GGCGUACUUCCGGUUUUGAAGAGACCCGAUUACAAAUGAAAGGUCGCCAAAAGAAACCGUCGGCGCUUCUGUAAAAGUGUUUGAGCUGAGGGGUGUUUCUGGACUCUGGUCACUCUCUGUAGUAUGCCCAGCCUGCUGAGAUGGGUUGGCAGUCCCGGACUCGCAGUCUGCAGGUGUUUGACACGGAGCUGAGUGCCGACAGUGUGGAGUGGUGUCCGCUCAACCAGUGGUCUCACAUUCUGGCCUGCGGGACUUACCAGCUACAGAAAAAUGAGGCAAAGGCAGGAGUGGAGUCCACAACUCCAAGCCGAACUGGCCGACUGUACCUGUUCCAGUUUCAUUCGCAAGGAAGUUUUACCCCACCGCUAACUGAAAUUCAGCGAAUUGACACUCCAGCAAUACUAGAUCUCAAAUGGUGUCAUGUACCAGUGUCCGAGCGUCCUGUGCUGGGGAUGGCCACGGCUAAUGGUGAAAUAGAGUUGCACACACUCAUUGAUGCACAGCAGGGCAGCUGUUUGGAGCGUGCGAUGAGCACAGAAUUGGGCCCCGACAGAUUAGCAUUGUCUAUGGACUGGUCAACAGGGAGAGGUGAAAGCAGUGACACACGUUUGGUGUCCAGUGACUCGACAGGCUCUCUGACUGUGCUGUCUCUUGGGGAGGCCAGUUUGAAUGCCAUUUCCCAGUGGAAAGCUCACGACUUUGAGGCCUGGAUCUCAGCUUUCAGUUACUGGGAUACACAGCUGGUCUAUUCUGGUGGUGAUGACUGCAAACUUAAAGGCUGGGAUCUGAGACUGGGUCCCUCUUCUCCCACUUUCACCUGCAAAAGGCAUUCAAUGGGAGUUUGCAGCAUUCACAGCAACCCUCACCGAGAGCACGUUUUAGCUACGGGCAGCUAUGAUGAAAACGUGCUGUUGUGGGAUGGGAGGAACAUGCGGCAGCCACUCAGUGAAACUGCAGUGGGUGGAGGAGUGUGGAGACUCAAGUGGCAUCCCACUCAAGAACACCUACUCUUGGCUGCAUGUAUGCACAACGACUUCCACAUUCUUCACUGCCAGCAAGCUAUGGAUGGAAAUGAUGGACCAUGUCCCAUCCUGGCUUCUUACAUCCUGCACAACUCUUUAGCAUACGGAGCCGAUUGGUCAUGGCUUCCUCUGAGCAGCCCCCCACCCUCCUCGCCUCAGGAACCAGCUCCAGCUAUUGUGGAAUUCACAGAGUCUGGAGGCCACCUAAGGAUCCAGUACGAGUCCCCAACUGCCAGCUUUGACACUUCUCUGGAGGACGACUCUGGCCGAUACAUCCCUGAUUAUACUCUGCCACCAGAGAAGACGGCUGUACCAUCCCCAGCUCCUCUCCCCAGUUUAGGGGAGAGCUCACCCUCUGUGUCUUGCCUGCUGGCCACAUGCUCCUUCUAUGACCACAUGCUGCAUGUGUGGCGAUGGGACUGGAGCCCAGAGGAGACCGAGACAGUAUCAGGCGGAGAUGAAACUGAGCCUGCUCCCUCUUGAGCACUCGUUUUUUGAUGGACAUGCACAGUGAUAGACCAGACAGGGUAUUACUUGGAGUGAAACAGAUGGUAUAGUUAAAGAAACAGUCCAGUUUUUUUCAACAUAAACUCUGUCUACUGUAGGACAGACAGUCAAAUACUCGAUAACCAGACAAUUUUGAUGUAUUGCCUUGAAACACUUAUAAUGGAAGCCAGUCGGCAGCUGCAGAAACACCUUCCCAUUGGCUUCUGUUACAAGUAUGUUUUGAGUCAACAGGCUUUUAUUUCUAUAAGUAGAAAAAAUGAUUGAACACCUUGACUGAUCACAUUACCAAUGCAGCAGAUGAAGAUUAGCUAGAAAAAUGCUUUGGAAGGAAAAAUGUUUUCCUUUAAGCAACAGUACCAUGAUGUUUAUGAAGUACUUGGUGAAGUACUGAGUUUAAAGGAUAAUGACUUUGCUUGCAUCCCAUCACUUAAAUUAAGCUUAAAAAAGUCAAAUGACAUAUUGAAAUAGCCUAUUUUGGUAUGCCAGCAUUUUCAGUAUCUAUCAGCAUUUAAAUGAAGCUGAGGUUCUUCCAUUUGUUCCUACUCCUGUUGAGUGGAAUAUUUACAUACAUUUUUACAACUAGUUACAGACAUGCAUACAUAUGAAACAGAAUAGCAAUAAAUAAGUUUACAUA